CCGUUAUGAAUGCGCCAAAUAGAUUUGAGCUCUUUGUCCUCGAAGACGGCGAGAAACCCGUCGAAGUCACAGAAGACACCAAAAUACCCAAUGCAGCCACUUUCAAGAUUGUAAAGCAAGAUCACACGUUGGGUAACAUGAUUCGCGCACAAGUUCUUUCGAUGCCUCAAGUGCUCUUUGCCGGAUACAAAGUACCUCAUCCACUGCAUCCCUAUUUCCUAUUGAAAAUCCAGACGGAUGGGACCAUGACGCCGCAAGCUGUCCUUGAACAAGCCUGCACGAAACUCAUCGCCACAAUAUCCUCGCUCGAGGCAAAGUUCAAGCGAGAGUUCUCCUUCAAGACGACUGAGGGUAAUGUGCCAGAGGACCCAUAUGGCGCGACGGGCGCAAGCGCGCAGAGUUGGGGAACGGGGAAGGAUUAUCUGGACUUCUAGAAUACGUAUAUCAUUUGUACCUGUCACGUCGUGGUCGUACAUAAUGUCGCCUUUGUUAUGUGCCCAGUUUUGCACCCCGAAUCACACGGAUCACCGCGGCAACGUGUCUGCCAGCAAGAU